UGCCGUAUAAAUAGACCGAAAACUCUGCAAUCGAUUCUAGUUUCGAACGUACUCAUCGUCGCAUUGCGUCGUUAUCGGUAAAGCAAACCAAUUACUUUAUACUCUCGCUUUCGACACACUUUAUCAUCACAUAAUCAAGUGUCAGUGAGAGAUAGGAACAGCAACAGAGUUUGUUGAUUGAAUUGAAAUGUUCGCAAAUAUAUUCCAUACGGAAAUUCAACAACGAGACAGUCAACCAUUGUACAUCAGCGAGAACGAAGUGAAGAAACUGUUGUCAUGGCCACUAAUAUUCGAGGCCUGCGAACAGGCUAUACGUUCGGUCAGCAGAAGUGAAUCAAGCGAAAAUCAACCAUCCGCUAUUCAACCCGCUCGACAACGUAUCAAUAUGAACAAUGAUACUGUUGCUGUCUUCUCAAUGUUGGGCGUAAUAAACAACUACCAGCUCCCAUCAGUUGGAGGAAGUAAGACGUUCAACACAAUCGGUCAUAAGAUGGUGACUUCCUUCCCGAAGAAUGAACAGUUGGAGCCUCCUCUUCCUAACAUUUUGGCGUCGAUUUUCCUGUUCGACACUGAAACCGGUAGACUUCGAAGCAUUGUCGAGGGCACUGAAAUAACAACUUGGCGAACUGCUGCAUGUUCCCUGGUCGCGACCAAAUAUCUUUACUUCAAUCGAAUUGAUGAUCCGACCACGACUUCGGUGUUGACCAUCGUCGGUUGUGGUGUUCAGGGAAGAAUUCAUGCAAUCGGAAUGUGUAACACGUUCAACAUAUCAACCGUUCAUCUAUGGAACCGAACGAAAGCUAAGGCCACGAUUUUGGCAGCUGAACUGGAAGGCGUCAAAUCAACGUUUUUGAACAAAAAUUUGAAAAUAUUUGUACACGAUGCUGUUGAUGAAUGGGUUGCCGAGUCGGAUAUCAUAGUCACCGCAACCAGUGCCAGGACCCCAUUCUUAUCUGCAAAUAUUUUGAAGCCUAACGUCCACAUCAAUGCGGUUGGAGCUGGUAUCAAUCAUCAUUCGGAACUUGACGGCAGCGUUUAUGGAAUGAGCAAAAUUUAUGUCGAUAGCUGGGCGGGUGCUCAGUCUGAAUUGAAAACCCUAAAUUACCCAAUCGAAGGUGAGGUUGGUGAGGUCAUUAACAGCGUCAAGCAAACACCCACUCAAAAAUGGACAAUUUUCCAAUCGCUCGGAAUGGCUGUAGAAGAUGCUGCAGUUGCACAGCUAAUAGUGGAACUCUACGAAAAAGGAAAGAGGACAGAGCAAACGGUUGGAUGAAGUGACGAUUUGACCAAUGUAAUUGUAACCGGUUCAUUGAUCGAAAGUGACAAAUAAAACUCCAGAA